CUGGAGUUGGAAAUUUUUGCCCACUCCCAUCCCAUUGUAGCCCUCCUUUCCAUCUCCUAUGCGACUAUUUUCAUUGCAGGACUGCUUGGCAAUUUUGCAGUCAUAACUAUUGUUUUACGCAACCACCACAUGCGCUCAGUGACUAACAUCUUCAUCUGCAAUUUAUCAGUGGCGGAUCUACUUGUUACAGUGUUUGUGGAGCCCUUAACCCUCCUCCAGAAUAUUGUUGUGGGUACGUCACUUGAGCAUAUGCAAAUUAUUUUAAGGUUGCGUCAGCUCUUACGAAUUAUAGACUACUAUUUGGGAGUCGAGGGAGUGCUUUCAAACUACUUCUUCACUCCAUUAAAGCGCAUUCUAGUUGCGUCA